CGUCGCGCAUGCGCAGCGGCCUAAGGGGAGGAGCGGCCUAGUGCUGCCGUGAGGCGCCGCUGAGGGAGUUCGGCGGAGAAGCCGCGGCAGUGCCAUCACCAUGAGCCUCGGCGGCGGCAGCUCGGACCGGAACGAGGAGUUCCACCAUCAGCUGCGGCUCCAGGAGCUCUACGGGAAGAAGAAGAAGAAGGAGGAGGAAGAGGAGGAAGAGGAAGAGGAGGAGGACGACGACGAUAGGGACCCCUUCACAUACACAGACCCGGCCGACGGGACCCAGUACGAGUGGGACCGCGAGAAGAGGGCCUGGUUCCCCAAGAUCACCGAAGACUUCCUGGCAACGUACCACGCGAACUACGGCUUUUCCUCUGAAAAUUCAGAAGACUCGUCUGCAUCUGCUGCAAAGACUGACUCUAAACUUGCUCCAAAGCCGAAGGCAAAGGAGAUCCAGCAGCCAAGAGACCCAAAAGCAUCACAGCCAACAGAUCCUAAACAAAAAGGAGAGAAAAGAAAACCUGACGCAGGCUGGUUUCACGUUGAAGAACAGAAAAACACAAAUGUAUAUGUAACAGGUUUACCGCCAGACAUUACAAAAGAUGAGUUUGUACAGGUCAUGUCGAAAUGCGGCAUCGUUAUGCGCGAUCCACAAACAGAGGAGCCUAAAAUUAAACUCUACAAAGACAGAGAAGGGAAUCUUAAAGGAGACGGGCUUUGCUGUUAUUUAAAGAGAGAAUCUGUUGAACUGGCAUUAAAGUUAUUGGAUGAAAAUGAAAUUAGAGGCUACAAAUUACAUGUGGAAGUUGCACAGUUUCAGCUGAAGGGGGAAUACGAUGCCACCAAGAAGAGGAAGAAAUGCAAAGACUACAAGAAGAAACUCUCUCAGCAACAGAAACUGCUGGAUUGGAGGCCAGAGAAGAAAGAGGGUUCCGUUCGAUUGCGGCACGAGCGGGUUAUCAUUAUCCGGAACAUGUUCCACCCAAAAGAUUUUGAGGAGGAUCCAUUAGUUCUAAAUGAAAUCAGAGAAGAUCUUCGGUCAGAAUGUGAAAAAUUUGGACAAGUAAAAAAAGUCAUUAUAUUUGAUAGACAUCCAGACGGUGUUGCGUCUGUUUCAUUUAAAGAGGCAGAGGAAGCCGAUGCCUGCAAACAGGCACUGAGCGGGCGCUGGUUUGGUGGACGUCAGCUCAGUGUGGAAACAUGGGAUGGCGUCACAGAUUAUCAGGUUGAAGAGACCGCAAGAGAACGGGAAGAGAGGCUGAAAGGGUGGGAAGCCUUUAUAGGUGAUCCUAGUACAGUAAUGCCAAAAACCGCAUCCGAUGCCGAUUCUUCGGAAACUGGCAAACAACUGCCUGAAGGAGUUCAGCCAUCUAAAGAUAACGGUGCCUCUGAGGGUGGCAUGAAAGAUGAACCGGUGGAGAAGGAAGAGAACACAGAAGGUGCCAAUGAAGACGUCACGGCAUCCACAGACAGCAGUGUUGCAAGCAGUGACGAAGAGGCAGAGACAUAAUAUUGCUAACUAACUCCUUUGUAAAAGCAUGUAUUUAGGAUAACCUCUAGAGUUCUGUUAUCCUGUGCUUUGGAACAACUACAGGCAGCAUCAGAACGAAUAUAUAUAUAUAUAUUUCUUUAGAUAUAUAUAUUCAAGUUGGCUGCUGUUUCAAGCUCUGUGUGUAUGUGUCAUAAGUUGUCACGAGCCCUGCUGAACUGACCAGCCGUCUUAAGUUGUAACUUUGCUUGGCAGUGUUCAAAAUCCAUCAGUGUAAGUGAAGUACAAACUUGGAGUUCCAUAAACUGCACACUGACCUUUAGAAAAUAGAAAGACGAAUGCUUCCUCUCCCCCAGCCCCAGUAUUUGAUCUCCCUCUUGUCCCAAUCUGCUUGUACUCUCCCUGUACGGUAUCAAGUGUUAUUCUCCUUGGACAAACCAAAUUGUACUUGGAUCAGCUGUUUUUUCCCUAAUAAUGGCCCUGUACAGAUGGGCCUUUUAGUACAUCCUGGCGACGGACUAGGGUUGCCUGGAGCAUCCUUAUUAGACGCUCCCUAACCCUAGUCUGUUGCCAGGAUGUCAAAAUGGUGGCGCCAUUUUGAUGUGAUGGCCGCAUCGCGUCCAACAGAGCUCCUUCCCGGAGGGAGGCUUGUUUCUGUGGCAACUAGAUUGCCGCAGGAAUGGCGCCGGGGGAAAGGGGCCCCAAGGACACCCCUUUUCGGGACCAGAGAGGAGUGGCAUUUUGCCCCUACUCCCUGGUCCCGAAAAUUGCCGUAUUGGGGCAUUUGGGCUGCCGCUGUGGCUGCCCUGGCCCCGAUCUGUGGCGCAAAGGGGAGACUGCAAUCCGCCCCAAAUUGAUCUGUAUCCUGCCAAUAAGUCUUUGAAAGCAAGAGAACAUUGACAAUACAAUCCUAUAUUGUCAAGUGUAGCAUAAGAGGUCUGCCUGUGGGGCUCCACUACAUCUCCUCUAUCACCACACAUGAGUCACCAAUAUGUUUUGGUGAGUUGCUCUCAUUCUUCCAUGGCCAUCUUGUUGUUAGCGGAGAGCAUGGGGUAUUGGAGAAAUAUCUGGCUGUAUUCCUGUAUCCAGUCACAAACCAAGGUUUCUUCUGCCAAGAUCUAUUGGGGUCCUCCAGAAAUCUCAGCAGAUGAUGGCAUGAGUCCACUUUGGCUACAAGGAUAUAGCCAGACAUUUCUCUGUCCCUUCCUCUCUAGCAAUGGAAUGGCAGUGGUUGGAGGCCAUUGCAACCCAGUAGGGAGCCCUGGUGGGGUUUGGAUGUUGCAGAAGUUGUGGAAGAAAAUACCAACCUCUACAAAGAUGGGGGGAAAGGCCUACACAACUAUGAGAUGGGUUUACACCUGUGUAUGUCACCAACAAGUUGCCAACCUGAAUGUGUUUGUUGAGGGCUGGGUGGAAAAUAAAACAAUGUCACACUGUAGUUAAAGAUGAGUGAGGUCUUCUGAAGGUGCCAACCAUAUAGCUAGAGUCCCCACCACCCCAUUUGUAAGUUUAUGCUGAGAGACACUUGGUGUGGAAUGGGGAAAAAAUUGUAAAGAUUAAUCUUUGUUUUUAAAUUUUUGUUUUGAUGGAUUUCUUUGGGAAACAUGCAGAGAGCUUGUGUGGUGAAAGUGUGAUCCCCCCCCCCUGCUGGUAUUUCUUGCAUUCAAAUGUAAUUAGGUUCACGAGUUUGUUAGGAAUGAAGUCUGUAUGGAAUCUGUUCUUUUAUACUUGGAUUGACUACAAGAGAUUGUAUGAAUAAAAUUGUUUUGAGAUCUAA